AUGAUUAAACUCUACUUAAAUAUUGUUAAAGUAGACCGUUUACCAUGUUUUACAAUCUCAAAUCUACAAGAAAAAAUCAAAGAAGGAGAAAAUCGUUUCAAUAGUCACACCUACAAAAGUUACAAACAUGAAAUUGAAAGCAAAAAACCAAUGGAAAAACUAAGACAACAGCAAAAUAGAAAACAUCAAGUAACAGCACAAGAAUUGGAAUUGGAUACGAAAAAAUUACUCAUGAAUAUGGCCCAGGUAAAUGGCAAGAGUGGCGGAGGAGCUGGAGGAAAUGCAGCAAAAACAGGACGUAGAGUAGUCGAUGCAGCCACUGAUGUCAAUACAGGACCAUUUGCUUGUCGAAAACAUCCAAAUGGCAUGAGUUCAACUAUGUUCUUGAAUGAAUUGGACAGAAGAUAUUAUUUCGAGAAACCCAGUACUUCAUCAACACAAAGCAAGUGUAAUUUACACUCAAGAAAUUUGGCAAAGUCGCUUAAUGAACUCUAUACAGAAUCUUCGACGUCAUCAGCUAUACUGCCGCCACCACCACCACCUUCAGCCGUACGGGUCGGUGUUGGAGGUGGUCUACAAUUGCAAACACAAACUUUGCCAAGACCACCGCAACAAUUUAGUGAUUCACCGCAAGAGUUUCCUUUAACACGUAGUGUGUCCACAACAACAGACAUUUAUGCCACCCAAAAUGUCAGUUUUAGUGGUGUGUCAUCAACUAAAACCGAUUAUGGCAACAGCAAUAACAACAAUCGAAGACGUAAUGUGGCGACAAAUACGCGCUACAAUACUGAUACCGAAACACAAACAAAUGGUAAUAGUGGUGGCAGUAGUAACAAUACAAAAACUCAAUUACAACAACAACGCAACAAUAUCGCACACUCAAAGAAAACUUUACCGCAACAGCUGCAGCAACAAACUCAACGGCACAACAAUAUUUACAAGACAAACUAUGCUGCAACAACAACAACAGCAACAUAUGCAAGUGACGAUGAUUUAGUUGGCGAUUCUAGCAAUAAACAUCAUCAUCGCCAACAGCGUCAUUUACGUGCCACUGUCAAUGGCCAUAAAGCUGAUGAAAAUGAUAACGACCAAGUGGAUAAUAACGAUGAUGACGAUGACGAUAACGAUGAAGAGCAACCUCAAAAACUUUGCGGUCUUAAAAGGACCAUACGCAAAACUAAAGAUGAACUUUUUGAAGAAUUUUGUAAACGUGCUGGCGUACGUCCAAAACCCAAAAAUAUCUAUUACAUAGAAAAUCAUGAGGGUGAGAACGACGAUGAUGAAGACGAUGCUACUACUGCUGGUCUGGGCAUCGAUGACAAUUCAACUCAACAAACUACUGAAAUUGAAGAGGAAAUGCAAUGCAAACCCCUGAGAUUGAAUAAUGUACGCACUGGUAAUCUUCAUCAGAGACGUAUGGAAACACCAGGGAAACAUCUACAGCAUCAGCAGCAGCAACAACAACAUCCACAUGGCGUUGACUAUCGUAGCAUGGAGAAUAAUCGUAUUUUUGGCGAUGGCAUUGAUGUUGUCGAUAUAGAUGAGGAUGUGGAUGAGAAUGGUUUUAAGAAAUUGACCGAGAACGAAGACCACUUAUAUGUGAUUGAUGGUGAGUGA